AUGGCUUUCACAGCCUCACCUUCUAUAAGAAAUUCCAUUUCAUGGCCAACUAUGGUUGCUUCUGAUAACAUCAAAGACAGGUUUUCAUUUCAAAACAAAAGCAUCUUCAUAGGCCAGCGCAAUAUUAGAGACUUAACUCUUGCAAAUGUUGCAAGUCCAUUACCUAUGAUUGCUCCACCACCACCGGAGGAACGGCCAGGGACCACCGGCGGCCGCCACCACCAUGUUGCAUGGACUAGUAUUCAACAAGAGAGAUGGGAAGGAGAGUUGCUUGUUCAGGGACAAAUACCACUAUGGCUGAAAGGAACGUACCUAAGGAAUGGGCCAGGCAUGUGGCACAUAGGUAACUACAACUUCAGGCACCUCUUCGACGGUUACGCCACCCUCGUCAAGCUCCACUUCGAGAACGGCCGAUUGAUCGCCGGCCACCGGCAAGUCGAAUCUCAGGCCUACCAAGCCGCAAAGAAGAACCAGAAAAUCUGUUACCGUGAAUUCUCCGAAGUGCCUAAGGCAGCGAACUUCUUGGCCUACGUGGGAGAACUUGCAAGCUUGUUCUCCGGCGCUUCACUCACCGACAAUGCGAACACCGGCGUGGUGAAGCUCGGCGACGGGAGGGUGGUUUGUUUGACGGAGACUCAAAAAGGGUCGAUACUGAUAGAGCCUGAGACGUUGGACACGAUUGGGAAAUUUGAGUAUAGUGAUUCGUUGGGGGGUCUUAUUCACUCUGCACACCCCAUUGUGACGGAUAAGGAGUUUUUGACUUUGUUACCUGAUUUAGUGAAACCAGGGUAUUUGGUGGUGAGGAUGGAACCUGGCACCAAUGAGAGAAGGGUUAUUGGGCGGGUCAAUUGUCGGGGCGGCCCAGCACCCGGUUGGGUCCAUUCUUUCCCCGUUACUCAACAUUAUGUUAUUGUGCCUGAAAUGCCGUUGAGGUACUGUGCUCAGAAUUUGCUCAAGGCUGAACCCACACCCUUGUACAAGUUUGAGUGGCACCCUCAGUCCAAAGCGUUUAUGCAUGUUAUGUGCAAGACUAGUGGAAAGAUUGUGGCAAGUGUGGAAGUGCCUCUCUUUGUUACUUUCCAUUUCAUAAAUGCAUAUGAGGAGGAAGAUGAAGAUGGGAGGGUGAAGGCAAUUAUUGCUGACUGUUGUGAGCACAAUUCAGAUACUGCCAUUCUUGAUAAGCUUAGGUUGCAGAACCUUCGCUCAUUUAAUGGCGAGGAUGUUCUACCAGAUGCUAGGGUUGGUCGGUUCAGAAUACCACUAGAUGGAAGUCCAUAUGGAACAUUAGAAGCAGCAUUGGACCCAAAUGAACAUGGUAGAGGGACAGAUAUGUGCAGCAUAAACCCUAAUUAUUUAGGAAAGAAAUACAGAUAUGCCUAUGCUUGUGGAGCAAAGCGCCCUUGUAACUUUCCCAACACCCUCACCAAGAUUGAUUUUGAAUUGAAAAAGGCAAAGAACUGGCAUGAAGAAGGUUCUGUGCCCUCAGAACCACUCUUUGUGGCACGACCAGGAGCAACAGAGGAAGAUGAUGGCGUGGUUAUUUCCAUAGUCAGUGAGAAAAAUGGAGAAGGAUUUGCUUUGUUGUUAGAUGGUUCCACCUUUGAAGAGAUUGCUAGGGCCAAGUUCCCUUAUGGACUUCCAUAUGGGUUGCAUGGAUGCUGGGUACCAAAAGAGUAA